CAAAGUGUUGCAGUGAACCAGAGCAGACGGACGUCAUGUUAUUUUUUGUUGUGAUAUUUGUUAUUGGAAUUUCAGGCCCAUUAGUGCUUGGACAGUCAAAUGGGUUAAUCAUGGAAAUGCGUAACGCAGUAUACAACGUUGGUGACAACGCCACGUUUUUCUGCAUCAUGCGAGUAAACACCACUCAAGGUCUACAGCACAUCAAUCAGACCCAGUAUAUCGAGUGGAGCUUCAGACCAAUUGCCUCAAACAAACCGCACUUGAUUCUAGCCCCUGACCAAAAUGUUGCGUCGGUGUUAAAAUCAUCUGAUAGUACGAAGCGAGAAGACAUGGGGCAGGCUGGUUACCUUAGUGAUGUGAAAUAUGCGCGAGACUUUUGGCGUGACCUGACCAUCAGGAAUGUGCGUAGUGAGGACGCAGGCACCUACACCUGUCGACACACGCAGUACAACAUGGCAGUGUCCGCAGAGCUGUAUGUUGUUGGCUAUGGGCCAAACUGCUACAAGAAUAGCAAUGCAACUGUAUUCUAUGAGGGAAAGAACAUGACCUUUACUUGUGAACUUGGUUUCCAAGGUAACCAGCCUCCAGUGUUGUCAUGGUUGAAACCUAAGCUGCAUGUUGACCUGCAACAUUUGUACGAGGAAAGUGACAACACUCCCAAUAGGGUGUCCAAGAGCAUCACAAUGCGUCUAGAGUCAAUGAUUGACGGCAAACUGUUCCAGUGUACGGCAGAGUUCAUGAACAUCACCAGCAAGAUGGCCUGUGACACCAUGCUGCCUCCCCAGAGUGUCCAGUAUGCCCCGUUCAUCACUCACCUGCAGACGUACCCAAAGACGGACGCCAGGAAUGUCACAGUGACGGCUGGGUCCAACCUCACCAUACUCUGCUUCGCUCACAGCAACCCAGACUGCCUGUACAAGUGGAGCCAAACCACUACACUGCCGACAGGAAAGGUGUCGCAGACGGAGCUGCCUUGCAAGGAGAACCAUUGUCACCUGACGGACGUGCAGUGUGCCCAGUCUGGGGUCUACAUGUGCCACGUCAGCAAUAUCGUCAUGGGAACCGUGAGGACCGCAAAUAAGACACUCACACUCACUGUUGUGUCCUCGUCCACCCAGACUUGUCCCUUAAUAACAACCAACAAACCAGUCGAAUCAAUUGUGGCCAGCAUUCUGUCUUCUCAUGGCAUUUCACCGUAUGCCGUGGGAGCAGUAGUAUGUGCCAGUUUGGCCAUCGUUCUUAUUGUGGUGUUUGUCUUCAUAGCAUUGAAAGUGAGGCGUCGUGAAAAGCGUCUGCUUGAGCGUCUGACGCGGGUACAUGACGAAACUCUAGACGAUCAGGAAGUGGAACUGCUGGAUGACAACAUGCAGCCCAACAACUCAGAUCUGGUAGGAAUGCCAAUAGAGUACAGUAGGUUAAAACAGCAAUGGGAGAUAGCUCGAAAAGACAUCGGCUUGGGUGAUCUGAUUGCAAAGGGGACAUUUGUGGAGGUUUGGCAGGGGAGAAUGAGGAAAUUCCCACGUGGAAAUGACAUCUUGAAAGUGGCUGUGAAACGAGUUGUUGCUGAAGCCACUGAGAGGGAACGCAAGUUUUUUCUGGCAGAGUUGGAGGUGAUGAAGGCCAUCCAACCACAUCCCAAUAUCCUGCCUCUCAUUGGCUGUUAUACCGCUGGCGACCCCUGGCUGAUGGUUGUGGAGCACGCUGUGGAGGGCAGUCUAUACCAGUACCUGCAGCAGAGACGCCCUGGCAAUGGGCGCGUGCUGAUCACGUCGGGUCAUGCCGACACUGUCACCAUGAACAACGGCGGCCUCAACGCACUCAAGCUGCUCUCCCUUGCCAUCCAGAUAGUUACUGGGCUCAUACAUAUCAACAGAUAUAAGAUGAUAUUUUACCGUUUACGUUCUGCCAAUAUACUCGUCUGCAAAGGGGGAGUGUGCAAGUUGGCCGGGUUUGGUUUUACCCAUGACAUCUGUAAGAGGAACAUUUAUGAAAGUAACUCUGCACCCGUGCGCUGGAUGAGCCCAGAGUCACUGCAGGACAAUGUGUAUAACAUGAAGACGGAUGUCUGGUCGUUUGGAGUCGUCCUUUGGGAGAUCAUCAACUAUGGUCAUUUGCCAUACCCAGACAUGGGCCCCCAGGAGGUUGCAGACCGCAUACAGGCUGGAUAUCGUAUGCCCCAGCCCCAACACUGCAGUGCUGAUAUCUACAACCUGAUGUUGAUGUGCUGGGCAGAGAAUCCUGGAAACCGGCCCAGUUUUGUGGACAUCCUGCAGACACUGACACACCUUGAGAGAGCAGCAGACACCCACGUUCACAUAGACAGGCUGCCUGAGGGACUCAAGAAUGCAGACAUUGUGUCCAGUCUAGAGACCAUCGCAUAGGCAGGAGCAGCAGACAUUGUGUCCAGUCUAGAGACCAUCGCAUAGGCAUGAGCACAUCAAUUAUUAGAAAAGAUCUGUACAAUUUGUUCUUUGUUUUCUUCUUUAAAAGCCAUACACAUUCGAAGGAAAAUUAUUGCACUUGUCUGUUUGACCGUCUGUUUGUAUGAACAUCUGUCCAAAAUCUUGUGUUUUGAAAUCCUCUUUAAUGACUACAUGGAUCUCGUUCAAACUUUAACAGUUGAAUGACCUCAAUAUGUGGAUGAUAGUAAUUGAAGAUUUUUGGCUGCGACCAGUUUGAGGAGAAUUAUGGCCCUUUGUUUUUCCUCUUUAUGGCUUUUAGUCUACAGUGUUGUGUGUUAACAACUCCUCUCAAGCAGCUGUGGGGACCAACUUUUCAGACCUUAAGGAUCUUAAUGUGUAGAUGAUCUUAAGGAAGGAAUAUAAGCUGUGACCAGUUUUGCCAAGUUAAGUCGCUUUUUCUGUUUAUGUCACCGAAAUUUCAAACCCUAAAAUGGCAUUGAGUAUCUGAGAUUUUCACAUGUACAUGACCUUAAUGUGUAAAUGAUUCUAAACAAAGGACUUUGGGAAGUUUUAAAUACCUUGGUCUGUUUUUAUGCCCGCGGUAGUGUGGCAUAUAGCAGUUGAACUGUCCGUCAGUAUGUGUGUACAGAGUUAUAGAUAUUUUUUGACCCAUGGGGGUAAAUACCCACACUUUUUAAAGCAUGGGGGUAAAUGGUCAAAUUUUGCCUUGCUUGAAGGGUAAUUUGCUAAAAGUAAAACAAGAAUAUAGCCGGGAUACAGACAAGCUACUUUAAUGAUGUUAAACACAAUUAACCAUUAACUAUGUGUAUUCCUUCAUAGUAAUAGGUUUUUUAAAGUGUUUUUUUUUUUAAACUUGUAUUGUUGGCAGAUUUUACAUUUAAGACGAACUUCGUCCUCACGUCCACCACCGUGAGCCACAUACAACUUUUUUGGCAACUUUCAACAAUUCUUUUAUAAGCGUUUUAGUGUUACCUUUUUGAUUUGAAAAAAGAGGAAAUUAAACAAUUCAGAAUUGGCAGUACAAUGUUAUUACUUGAUACAACUUUUGCCGUAAGUAAUAUGUUUUGGCUUCAAAGAAGCCAUGCUGACCUCUUCAUGUAAUUUAAUAAACACAUAAGCGCUUGACUGUCUGUUAAAAAAAUCAAUACUAAAUUUACCAUGCGUCUAGAUGUUACAGAGUAUACAUACCAACUAGCUAACUUUUUUUACAAUCCAGCGCACAAAUUAGCUCUUAUGUUUACGAUCUCAUAUUUUGGCGAAAUACAAUCAGCUGUUUAUAUUUUUUGUUUACAAUGUACCCAGAGAAUUUACAGCAUUUGGGUAAGUCCAGAUUGGCUUGCUUAAAUGUACGCACAGAAAUGAUAAAUUUAGCGUAUCUUGAUAUUUCUAAUGCGUAUAUUACGCUGAUACGCAGAUUAUCUAGAACGCUGGUGUAUGUCAGUCUGUCCGUUCGUCCGAUAAAAAAAACUUUAACGUUGGCCAUAACUUUUGCAUUAUUGAAGAUAGAAACUUGAUAUUUGGCAUGCAUGUGUAUCUCAUCAAGCUGCACAUUUUGAGUGGUGAAAGUUCAAGGUCAAGGUCAUCCUUCAAGGUCAAAGGUCAAAAAAAUAAAAUAAUUCAAAGCAGCGUUCUCAUGAAGCUGCACAUUUUGAAUGGUGGAAGUUCAAGGUCAAGGUCAUCCUUCAAGGUAAAAAGAACAAAACAAUUUUCAAAGCGGCGUUCUCAUGAAGCUGCACAUUUUGAGUGGUUGAAGUUCAAGGUCAAGGUCAUCCUUUAAGGUCAAAGGUUAAAAAAAAAUAAUCAAAGCGGCGCAAUAGGGGGCAUUGUGUUUCUGACGAACGCAUCUCUUGUUGGAUUAUAAAAUAAUUAAGCCCAACAAUGUUGUAUAUUCAACUCCUAAUUAAUUUCUAGCCAGAAUUUACCCUUUCCGACUCACAAGCAAGUGAAAAUGGCUAUGUGCAAACAGCAUAAAACCAGAACAGCCUGCGAGUAACUCGCAGUCUGUUCAGGAUUUAUUCUGUUUGCUGCUUACCAGUAUCUAAUGGUUGUUUAAUUAAAUUUAACUUUAAAUUUAACUACAAAUACAUGAAAAUACGUAUUUAAGUGGUAAAGAAUUAAUACAGACUGUCACAGCUGAAUGGCCUCAAUGUGUAGAUGAUCAUGAAGAAGUGAUUUUUUUUUACCUACAAACACUUUUGUUUGAAUUAUUGUCUUUAAUUUUUCCACGGUAGAAUACCAGCAUAUAGUCCCGCAAAAUGGGUGGACUGAACUCCUCUACAACUGUUAGAAGGAUUUUGUUCAAAGUUUUAGAGUCGAACAACCUUAAUGUGUAGAAGAUCGUAAAGGAAAGAAGUUUGGCUGGGACCAGUUUCAGCAGCCAAUUGUAUAAAUCUGGAUAAAUCUUUUUGUGUGGAUAACUCUUUGUUAUUUUAAAUUUUUGGAUAUCCAAUUUGGUUAGUGAUUGUACAAAAAAUGCAUAUCUGAACAGGUGAACGUUUUAGUUAAAUUUUGGAUAAGCUGUAGCCAAGGUAUUUGACUUUGGUUAUCUUUAUCCGAAUAAAGGAUAUCUUUUGGAUUGGCUAAGGUUAUCUAUUUUUAUUUUAUGCUUUCUGGUGGUUUAUAGAGAAAUAUCAGUGAAUUAUCUUUAUCCGAAUAAAGGUUAUCUUUUGGAUUGGCUAAGGUUAUCCAUUUUUAUUUUAUGCUCUCCGGUGGUUUAUAGAGAAAUAUCAGUGAAUGAAAACUGUUAAUUUCACUGUUACAAACAGUGAAAAUUAACAGUGAAAAUUAUCGAUAAUUUUCACUGUUUACUGUGAAAUGACGUCAUUUUUUUAUGAAAUGACGUCAUUAUCCCAGCAAAAUUCUUUAGUUAAACUCCUUAACAAUGUAUAUAACCUGUGAAAAAAAGCAUAAAAUAAAAAGAAAAUGUGUUGGAUUUGGCGGAAUAUCGAUUUUAAUUCACUCUUGAUCAUAGAAAAAAUAUAUUUUCACUCGUGGGGCAAAAUAUUAUUUUCUAUGAUCACUCGUGAAUUAAAAUUGAUAAUCCACCAAAUCAAACAAAUAUCCUCUAUGUAUACGAUUGGCUGAAGGCCAUUUUUGUUUUUGUCUGCUGCAUAGAUGUGAGAUUGGUCUGUAUUCAAACAUGUGUCUUGGGGGCAUCAGUGUCUGUGACACAUGUCUAAUUAAAUAUCCAGACAGCAACUUUGUUUUGUUAAGACAUUAAAUUACCCACUUGUUUAACCUUUUCCCACUCAGUGGGAAGCAAAACGAAAAUGGCUAUGUGUAAACAGCAUAAAACCAGAACAGCCUGCGAGUUACUCACAGUCUGUUCAGGUUUUAUGCUGUUUGCUGAUAAUCAAUAUCUAAGGGUUGGAAAUGAAGCCUUUUAAACUUGAAUCUAGUAAGAAAGGUCUUAAAUUAAAUUUAACUUCCUAAGGGACUUCACAUGCAUCAAAAUACUUAUCUAAGUUUGUAAGGGCUAAUGAAAUAUUAUUCAAGAUAAAAGAUACUAUUUGUGGUUUAAAGAUUAUUUUAAUCAAAGUUUAUCAUUCCUAAAACCAUUAUUGUGUUUGAUUCCUUCGGAUAACAUAAAUUAAUUUACAAUAAAAUGUCUUCGCUCGAAGCAAAACAGACAUUUUUGUAGCACUUUUGUGCCUAACAAGAAAUGAUUUAAAAAUCUUUUUGUAAAAACAAAUGAAUUUUAAAAUUGUGUGGACAUUUGAUUUAAUAAAAACAACAACAUAGGAUCCAAAGAAAGAAACCUAAGGCAAAAAAGCAUUAUCAAUUUCAGAAAUGCUACUGUCUCAAAUCUUGUUUCAAUGAGUUGGUUUAAUAACUCAUAUUUCAUUUUAAUUGGACACCAAACGUUUAUGGUGUUUUCUUAUGUAUUCAAUGUGGGUAUUUAUUGUCUCAAAUUUGUGUUUGUUAUUAAAUUACAUUCGUUACUUUACAUACGUGUAAAGCUUGUUCUGAGUUACUUGUGUUGCAUACAAACACACAUAUAAUAAGUAUUGAUUAUACAUUGCUAUUGUGUGUGUGUGUGUUUUAUAUCCAAACUUCAAAUAUUUGACAAUUGUUAUAACACAAUCUGAAAUGAAUCUAUUACACCCAGAUGUUAUGAUAUAUUUAUUCUAUGUUUAAAAAAGAGAAGGGUUUAUCUUUUAUCACAAUGUAAAUAUAUUAAUAUUGUGACACAGGCUUGAUGCAGAUUAUAAAACUUAAUUGGUGCAGCUGAUUUAAUAUGCUAUUCUUUGUUAAUUAAAGAAAACAUACACAUAUGAUUUACUGAAGUUUAUGAUAUUUUUGUUUUGCAUUUUCAUUGUAUUUUUAUUGAAUAUUUCCGCAGAAUUACAUUGUAAAAGUUAUUACAAGCGUUUAUCUUGGCAGUAUAGUUGCCAGAGAUGUGUUUAUAUUAUUAUGAAUAUGUAAUAUAUGGCAAAUGUGCAAUUGAUUUUGUAAUAUAAGUAUUAGAAUGCUUAAUUGGCGUUUUGGUGGUUUAUUUAUUUUUUACUAUUGUACAUUUUUAUUAUCAGUUUUAGUUAUAGCUUUUCUAAAGUUUGUAUACAGCAUAAAAGUUUAAUCUGGAAUAAAUGUUGUAUUAACACAUUUUCUAACGAGGGUAAUUUGGUGAGCUAGUAUAAGCUGCUCUAAUAGAUGUACAAUUUUUAUUUAUUUUAUGUGUUAACCAACAUUUACUUACUUAAAUUCAGUGUAUAUUAUUUGAUUUUCUGAGUAUUGACUUAAACACACACUAGUGAAAAACGAAAACUUAUUAACGUAAUGUUAAACACGUUGUAUUGCUACGUUUUUAUUAUUAAUUUGUAAUAUAAAUUGUAGUGUUUUUUUGCUAUUUAUGUGUUGUUUAUGAAAUAAUUUGAUGAUGUUUCUAUGACAGACAAAGUGCAUAUAUGAUGAAGAAAAAUUAAUGGAGAAUGACACAUUGCUCAAACAUGAAAAUUUAUUUCAAGUGUAAGAUUGGGACUAUACAAGGGUACCAUUUUAGGAUAAUUACAUACAAUUGUUAAAGAGAUAUUAUCUAUAAUGCCACAGUUGAAUAAUAAUUGGAACCUUGUUAUUUCUGGGACCUAGAACAAUAAAAUAAUUUGAAUUUCACAUGUAUGUACGUGCAGAUUAGCACAUUAUUAAUAUCACAAUCAAUAAUAUAUGAAGGUAAACACACAUUUAAGUCCAUAAUAUGUUUAAGUGUUAAGGCAAAUGUUGAUUAACUCAUGAGAUAUCACAUCUGUAAAACUAAGUUCCAUGCAGGUAGUAAAACCUGUAUUCAAUCAUCUGUAUGUUAAUAAAUGUUUAUAGUGUAGCAAAAACCAUUCCAUGUAAAUUUAGUGCAGCAGGAUAUAUUUAAUAACAUUUUGUUCCAUAGUAUGUCAGAUUUAAGUUUUCAGUGUUGUGGAACGUUUAGGAUUCCCAUGUUUGUGAUGCAUUUUAUUCGAUAACAUAUCACUUGGUGUUGUUCUGCUAGUGGUUAUUGUCCUGUGUUGUGAGGAUGUACAUUUGUUUUGUAUGUGCUGAACUGUACAUAGUUGAAAUACACCGUACAUAUUUGCAAUGCACCAUACAUAGUUGCAAUGCACCAUACAUAGUUGCAAUGAACCAUACAUAGUUGCAAUGAACCGUACAUAGUUGCAAUGAACCGUACAUAGUUGCAAUGAACCAUACAUAGUUGCAAUGAACUGUACAUAGUUGCAAUGAACUGUACAUAGUUGCAAUGAACUGUACAUAGUUGCAAUGAACUGUACAUAGUUGCAAUGAACCGUACAUAGUGCAAGGGAGUUAAGUUUUUGUUCUGAUUGCAUAAGUUUUGUAUUUAAGAAUUGAAUAGAAUUAUCAGCAUUUCAUCAGUGUUUGAAGGGGUUUAUGCAUAAAUGAAGGGUUAUUAUUCUAGAUAAACUGCUGGAAUGAAGAAAAUUGCUAUUCAAUACUGACAAUAGUACUUAUUGUACAAUAAUUAGCGGUAUUUUAAACGAUAGAAAUUUGUCCCCUGUCGUAAGAACCUCAUUACAAUUUUGGUUUCAAAGAAGUUUUUUGAAUAUAUAACAACAAGGCUGUGGAUUAAAAAAUGUAGUGGUUUCUAUAGAUCUAGUUACUUUUUAAUGAUUUGAAGAAAAAUUAAUCUUAAUGUGAUGUACAAUUAGAUAUGCAUUAAGUUACUUGUGUCUGUGAUUUCAUGCAACUUGGAAAACAAAUUUAUUAUUUGACAAGAGAGUUCUGCAAUUUUAUGGAGACAGCUAUCAUACUUUUUACAAAUGUGGUAAAAUUGCAAAUGCAGCUUUUAUUUUCAAGUCAUAAUUAAUAAGGACUAUGCUACAUGUAGAAUGUGUACAUCAAUUAGAUUUUAGUCUAUUUUAACAUGACAUUGAUGAUGUUUCACAUGAUGACAACUAAACUGUUUCACAUGAUGGAGUGUAAAUGUUCACAUCUGGUCAUAAGCAAUAUAACAAAGUUUUCAUUUUUAGCCCACCUGAGCACAACGUGCUCAUGGUGAGCUUUUGUAGUCGCUUUUUGUCCGUCGUCUGUCGUGCGCCGUCAACAUUUGCCUUGUUAACUCUCUAGAGGCAACAUUUAUUGUCAGAAGAUUCAUCCCAAUAAUAUCUUGGACGAGUUUGAAAAUGAUGCCGGUUGGUUGAAAAACAUGGCCUCCAGGGGAUGGGGCAUUUUUCCUUAUAUGGCUAUAGUAAAUCCUUGUUUACACUCUAGAGGCCACAUUUAUUUUCCGAUCUUCAUGAAACUUGGUCAGAAGAUCUGUCCCAAUAAUAUCUUGUUAUCUCAGGUGAGUGACUUUGGGCCUUUCAGGCCCUCUAGUUGAUUAGUUUUCUUGCAUAUGAUAUAUAGUUUGUAAAACAGCUUUCUUUGUAAGGUAUGCACCAAAAUUGAUUUGGUAAAAUUAGAAUUGGUGUUUAAAAGACAUGCUUCUGUAAUUUUAUUUGCAUGUUUGUAAUUUAUAAAUUUACAGUUGUCGGUUGUUUCCAUAUUAAAAUAAUGUUCAUAGUCUUGAAGGUUAUUUAUUUCAUGAUUAAGUCUAUUAGAAUUUUUUAUAAUGGCCACUUUGUCUCUACCUCUAUUAAUAAUGAGUGCAAUCUGAUAUGUUUUCUUAUAUUAAGAAUGUGACGGGUGUCAUGCGAAAAUGGGUAUUAUGUCAUAUGCAGCCUGGUCAGGAGAUACCCUGCCAGCUAACGAGAACACAAAAGCAUGCGUUACUUAAUUUUACCCUUUCCCACAUAGAUAGGUUAUUGACCCAUUUGUAGUCCCUUAGAAAGUUACACUUAAUUAAAUACCUUUCUUACUAAAUUCAAGUUUUACUUUCCAACCCUUGGUUAAUGAUGAGCAGCAAACAGCAUAAAACCUGAACAGACUGCAAGUUACUCGCAGGCUGUUCUGAUUUUAUGCUGGUUGCAAGUCAUUUUCACAUUGAUUCUUAUGGGGGAAAAUGUACACAGAGGGCAGCGUAGCAUGUUAUCAGACUGCACGAUUGUGCAGACUGGUCUAUAGCUACACUGGCCGCAUAUUCAUAAGACCCAUUUUUGCAUGAUGCUGCUUAUAUAUACAUUCUUGUAUUUAUGCUACUAGUCUUCCUCAAAAAUUGUUGUGUGACUGCACUUUUGUAAGGAAGAGUUUUUAACCAAAUGUUAUGUUAAAUGGGUGUUGUGUUCAAAUUUUGUUCUCUGUACUGAAUGAUAUUUCCAAUUUAAUGUUUUUGUUUGCACCAUUUUUCUGAUGUUUUUGCUUUUUAUGUCAAAAUAAAGUGGCACACUUA